AUGACGAAGAUCACUACGGCCGAACCUCAGAUCACUGACAUGACGGUUCGCGCCGGACAAGCAUCAAGGCUUUCAGAUUGCGUUCCCAGGCAAACGGACCUGAACGUCGCAGAGACACACGGAGAUUAUGGGAAUCCAAGGUGCAAUGCCACCCAUGCCGGGCAUCAUUCUGGCCACCACAGUAUUGCAUGUAUCGUGGAGCAGCAGAGCUCAGUAAACAUGGAUGACUCGGAGCCGCUGCGGCCGCAUCUUCCGCUGGAGGAUCCCGUCCAAAACAAGAUUGACCAAAUGUACCAUCACGCCGAAGAUCUCAGACGUGCACAGCACAUCAUGGAGCACCUGGCCACUGGUUCCGCUGGAAUUUCAGCAAGCAAGCAGAACUCUCAAUACGCCGCACCCCUUGAACAGCAGAUGCAAUCCUGGACCGAAGGUCCUGACACUGAUCGCGAGAAGCUGAUUAGCUUCGAUGCGGCGAUGGCCGAAAACAGCGAGCACGCCAGGGCCUAG